UCCUGUUUCAAGAUGUGCCCACUUGUCUGUGCGUUUAUGCUUCCCCUUGGCUGUGGUUACCUUAUCUCAGGGUUCUCUGCAAAGAGAGGAUAUAAAACAGCAAGCUUAGCUGUUCUUUCUCUGCUCGGUCUCUCUUUCUCAUACAGAGGAUAGAAAGAAUGUGAACUUAGGAUGAGAAGUACAAGGCAGAUGCUGUGUACUUACUGCUUGGUUCUUCUUCCUCUCAUAUCAGCAGAAAAUGGAUUCGAAGCAUCAACGGACCCUGACACCUGCACUGAUGCUGAAUUGGACUCCAGCUUUGAGUGUAUUGUUCGAAUGCCAGCAUACUCGAAGAAUUACUUAAUUUGCAAAGUUACAGCAAUGGAAUUGUUCCUGAAUGAAGCUGACAUUAGCUUUACUGUGUCUGCAGAGCGGAAAUGCGAAACACACGGCCAGUUAGUAGUGAAUUGCUCUGUGAAACAGGAUGAACUUCCUUAUCCCAUCAAAGUUUGCUUGGAAAUGAAGCAACAAUGCAAGGAGUGCAAGAUGGUGACAGGAAUUAAGCUCAUUAAACCUGAAGCACCAUUCGGUUUAAACAUUACAUACCUGGAAAAGGCAAAUGAGUAUCUUGUUAAUUUCUCCAGUCCGCAUAAACCAUUGACAUACCUUCAUCGCAACUUAAUGCAUGAAUUGGUCUACCGUCAGGAAAACACAUCUUGGACUAACAUAGAGUCACAAUAUACACCGAUCCGAAUUCUAGGGAAGAAACUUCAGCCAGGAUCAAGAUAUGAGAUAAGAGUUCGAUCCAAGCCCCAUGGAAACUAUUUUGAAGGGACAUGGAGCGAAUGGAGUCGUUCUGAAUACCAGAAGACCCCAUAUCACACAUAUGAUGAUAUCAUUAUCGUGGUUUUAGGAUCUGUUUUGACAUUCCUCCUGCUGUACAUUCUAAUUUCUCUGAUCACAAUCUUUUGGAAAAGCAGGAUCAAGCCCAUUGUGUGGCCCACACUGCCUACGCAUGAAGAGGCUCUGGAUAAAUUGUGCCAAAAACUAAGAAAGCAUUCUGAUGCAAGUUUCUUCAGUCCUGAGAACCUGGGAUAUGUAGACAUCCACAAGGUGGACAGCCUUCAAGCCAAACCAAAACCGGAUGGCUUUCAACCCUCUUUUCUGCCUUGGGAUGCUGCUGAUCCAGAGAAGUUUGGGAAUGAGCAGGACCCAAAGAACAACAUGGUUCUUCUCAAUGACGGCUGGCUGAAGCUGCCUCUUGCAUAUGAAGGGAUGUGGCCAGCUGAGAUGCCGAACAGAUGUUUGGGUGGAAGCAAUUCAGCUACUCGUGGCAGUUCAUUCUUCAAUGGGGAUAAUAGCUCUGGCAGCUCAGGUAGCAACAGUGAUGCUCUCAGCAGCUGUUCUACUGCUUCAAUGGGCACCAUCAUGUUGUCUGGGUCCGAGGCAGAUCCUUGCCAUCAUACUUACACCAACAGUGAGGUUAGAGUGCCAAACAUAGAAGAAGCCUAUGUCACAAUGGCCAGCUUUGUUGGAAACAAGGGGAACGAGCAGUGCCAGCACUUGGCAUGGCAGGGCCCUAGAAGAGUCAUUUCACAGAUUACUGCCAGGAGCAAUGACUAAAAGGGUGAGUAGUUUGUGCUCCUAAAACACAAACUCACGUGGCACCUUAAAGAAGAACAAUUUAAUUAUGGCAUAAGCAACUUAAUCAGAUGCACUUAUCCAAAAUACAUACAUAAACAUUUGAGUGAGCAAAGUAGAUGUGUUCCUGGGCAUUACUUUAAUAAAAAAUAUUGGUAGCAAAGGAAGAUAUAUACAUAUAAGAGACAAAUAUAAGUCCCUACACCACAAAAAAGAGCAGUUCAAUCAUCUUUUUAUUUGAAACUAAUGAUAAUAGCCAUGUGAAGUCAAACAACAAGACUAAGUAAACAAAAACAUGCUGAAAUUUCUAAAGACCAUUAGAAAGGCGCUUCCAAAAUGUAGCAAGAGAUGUUUUUGUUUUCCUUCUAUAGUCCUUAUGUUUUGUUCGCCAAAUGUAUAGAUCUGUGCAUUUUUAAUAUGCUAGAUAUUAGGCAUAGGCAAUCCAUGGUUCUAAAUGGUUCUAUUGGUAUUUACAAAAGUAG